ACAGGGGAGCGCCGAAUGUUUACGUGGAGAUGGGGGAGUGCGGCUGCUGCUACUCUACCUAACGCUCCGCUUUGCUGCUUGUCUCUGUUAUAGAUAUGGAGGAAGAGGAUCAAGAGAGGAAGAGGAAGGUGGAAGCCGGCAAGGCUAAGCUUGCCCAGUUCAGGCAACGGAAAGGACAGACUGACAGCCAGAAUUCAACAAAAAAGGCCAAGAAGAAGAAAAGUUCGUCUGGCUCCAAAAAACUUGAACCCUGUGAAGAUGUUCCCGAAGCCAACUUAUCACAGAGUGAUGAGGCUCACUCACAGAGCACUAGUGCGGCUGCCACCACCGCCGAGUUCACCAUCAUGAGAACCGUGCCUCAUGGUGAAAUUAUAAAACAUGACCAGACCUAUACAAUAGAACCUGAAAGUGAAAUUUCCACUACUGCUGAUGAUUAUAGCUCGGAGGUAAUUGGUGACAAUGAAGUGCUGACAGCAAACAAUGCAUCAAACCUAUUGAGGGAGGAAGAAUUUGCCGUCCGAGAGACUUACUCCGAGCAUGGUACCCAGACACGGCUUGAGGUGAUGGAGGACGAGCUUGCCGGAAAGCAACAAGAGAUCGAGGAGCUGAACAGAGAGCUGGAGGAGAUGCGGUCAGCUUAUGGCACAGAAGGCUUGCAGCAGCUUCAAGAGUUUGAAACUGCUGUUAAACAGAGAGAUGACAUCAUUACCCAGCUCACUGCAAACCUCCAACAAGCCAGGAAAGAAAAAGAUGACAUCAUGAGGGAGUUUCUGGAACUUACGGAGCAGAGUCAGAAUCUAAAGAUCCAAUUUCAACAUCUGCAGGCCAGUGAAACCAUAAGGAGCACGAGCCGAUCGAGUACAGCGGCGGACCUUCUUCAGACCAAACAACAGCUACUAACAUACCAGCAAAUGCUGGAAGAGCAGGAACGCCAGCUGAAACGUUACCAAAAAGAAAAUGCUGAUUACCAAAUCCACAUUGUGGGUCUGCAAGCGGAAAUCAAGAAUGUUCAACAGGUACAACAGAGUGAAUUGGAAAUCGCUUAUGAGAAAAAGCUCUCUGAGAAAGAUUUGAGUGUUAACAGCUUAAAAUCCGCACUAGGUGAAGAAGAAAAGAAAUCACUCCAGUUAAUUGAAAGGAUUUCUGCAGCUGACCUGUCUGUGAUCGACCUGAACGAGCAGUUAACCCUAAGACAACGGGAAAUAAACAGCCUUACCGAAGAGUUAAACCUUUCCAAACAAAAAGAGAGACGGUGUUCAGAGGAAAUUAAGCAGUUAAUGGGAGCCGUCGAAGAUCUUCAGAAAAAACAUCACAAAGACACCCAAUCUGAGGCAGACAUUGUUCACCGAAUGGAAGUGGAGACACAAAGGAAAGUGGAACAGCUUCAGGCCGAGCUCGAUGAAAUGUACGGGCAGCAGAUUGUGCAGAUGAAGCAAGAGCUUGUCAAGCAGCAUACGGUAGAGGUCGAGAAGCUCCUCGCUCAGCACAAAGCUGAAGUGGACAGCGUCUCUAAGCAAGCAGAGAUCAGGGCGACCAGCGCAGAGAUCGAGUCCCUCCAUACAAGAAUCGGUGAAUUACAUUCACAACUGCAGCGUUCAGAUGAACAAAGGAGUAAAAUGAAGGAAGAGUUUUCCCAACAACUCGAAGCUGUUUCCUCAGAAAAGUCCCUUCUACAGAGGCAAAUUGAAGACCUUCUGCAGGAUCUGAGCUUUGCCAGAGAGCAGAUUCACAAAGUCAAACAGAGCCUUAGCGAAAAAGAAAGCAAACUCAAUGAAACCAACAGUUUGCUUGUCACUAUUGACCACCUCAAAUCAGAACUGGCAACAGCAAAGGCAUUCACCAAAGAGCUGGAAACAAAACAUGAAGCUGAGGUCACCAAUUACAAGAUCAAACUUGAGAUGCUCGAGAGGGAAAAGGAUGCCGUUUUGGACAGGAUGGCAGAGUCUCAAGAAGCUGAGCUGGAGAAACUUAGAACACAUUUUUUGUUCAGUCAAGAAGAGGAACUGACAAAGCUCAAAGAGGAUUUAACUCGAGAACAUUGGAUAAACAUCGAGAAUCUUAAAGAUAAUCUCGAUACGCGAUAUAAGGAGCAGAUGGAUAGACUGAAAGAGGAAAUGGGUCAGACCAUCGGUGAUAUGCAGUCGGAAAGAGAUGGCUUAAUAACCAAGCAGAAUUAUCUGAUGAUGGAAAUUUCCAAGCUGAAAGAUUUACUGCAGUCUGUAAAUGAGCCCAAAUCGGAGGCGAUGAUGGUUCGGGUUAGCGAGCUUCAGGCUGAACUGGAUUCUCUUAGGAAAGAAGAAAAGGAAAAUGGUACUAUAGAGCAAGAAGUCCAAGUGCUACAACUUAGAAUAGAACUGCUGGAAAACGAAGUUCGGGAUAAAGAUGCCCUCAGUGAAAGGCUUUCAGCUCUAGAGAUCGACAAUAAACUUCUCAAAGAUGAAAAUAGCACUUUACAGAAUGCCUUGAAAAAACACAACAAUGCAGAUUAUGGAAAAAAUCUGCCUGAUGGAACAGCUUCUGAAUAUCUUGAUUUAAAGAAUGAAAUAGAAAUUCUCAGAGAGGAAAAUAAAAAACUUCACAAUCUAGAACAUCAGUUAAAAGAAGAGAUUGAAAGACAAAAGAACACGUUUUCCUUCGCCGAAAAGAAUUUUGAGGUGAACUACCAGGAACUCCAAGAAGAAUAUGCCUGCCUUUUGAACAUAAAAGAACAAGUCGAAAACAGCAAACUGAGACAAGAGGAAGAGUACAAAGUAAAACUAGAUGUUCUUAAUCAGGAAUUGGCCAAGCUGAAAGGCGCUUCUGCUGAGCACAAUGUCACGGUCAAGGACGGUUCUCCAAAACUGGUCAAGGCAGAUACGCUGGAAAGUGUGGAAGUCGUGGAGAAAGAUACUACAGAGCUCAUGGAAAAACUGGAAACUGCCCAACGCGAUAGACAAGAACUCUCUCUCAAACUUUGUGGUCUCUCCGAGCAACUUCAAUGGAAGCAAGAUGAAAUUAAUCAGUUAAAGGAACAAGUGAAAUCAUUAUGUCAAGAAAGAGACCGUGCGUUAUCUAAUCACCAGAGGCUAGAAGAGGAAGUUAGGGCAAAGAAUAAUUAUUCUGUCCAAAUUAACAAAGAAGGAGACUUUUUAAUGUCAAAGACUGACUUCUCUUCUGAGGGCAAAUGUUUAGCAAACGUGGACAAAUGUAAGGAAAACAUUGAUCCAAACAACUAUUCCUCUUCCUGUUCACCUGCUGUAACGGGUUCUCAACAAGAAGAUCCAAAUGUAGCUGACGAGAGAAAGUCUCUUGUAGAAAGGCUGCAGGACUUGACAUCGAAACUGAAGCAUGAGUCCCUCCUUUUGAAAACCUUGCAAGUUGAACGAGACCAACUUCAAAAUCACGUAUCGUCUUUGCAACAAGAGCAGGCCGAUAUGAGAUUGCAGCUGGAAGCCCAACGCAUUAGCCUUAAUCAGAUUCACGCUGCUCACAUGGACCUGAUACGGGAAAACUUCCAAAGGGAGAAGGAGAGCGAGCUGUGCAACCUUAAAGAUGAGAUGCUCCGCGUUCACGAGCAAAAGCUUCAGGAGCUGCAGGAAAGACGCCCAGAAGAACUGCAUGCCUUCCAGGCACUACAGACAGCUGUGGUGGAAGAUUGUAGUGACUGUCCCGUGAUUGUUGCAGGCGGUGAUAUCGCUUCGUGUCGCGUUAUAACCGAGCUGCUGAUGAAGAAGCUGAGUGAGGAACGCGAUCGGUUUCAUCAGCGGUUUAAGCAUGCUCUCCAAAACCCGACUGCAGAGAGAGCUGAGGAGCGUCAGAAGGCAGAAUGCCCGCAGUUUAUGCCGUCUUUACCAGAACCGUUGCCUGAUGCACGAGAUUUGCAUACACAUCUUGCAAUGGUUCUUGACAAAUUUUGUGAAGAAUAUAAACGAAUGACUGGUGUUUACAACUCGCUGGAAAAGGCUCAAAAUCUUCAUUUUGAUAGAGAUGAACAGGAACCCACAACCCCAGAGGGCCUUCGCUCUAACCAACUGGCUUUGGCCCCCAACACCAAUGAUAAUUGCGACAUGCUGAUUGUGACCCCAUUGCAAGCGGACGGGGAUGAGAAACUUAAAAUUCAAUUCAGCCUGCAAAGGACACAACUCGAGGAGAAGCACUCUGAAGAAAUCGAGCGCCUUCGAUGCUAUUUCCAACAGCAGCUAAAAGAAAGCGAGGAAAGAUACGCUACGGAAAUAAUCCACUUGCAAGAGCAGCUUCUGAAUGUCAGCAAGACCUCUUUGGAGUUCAGGGAGAUAUCUGAUAAGUCUGGGGUGGAACUCGGAUCCCAGGAAGCUGAUAUUUUCAGAAGUGUCUGUGCGCCAGCAAGUGAGGAGUUAAAGAUGGCUGAAGAAGAUGCGGCAGUAAAGAUGCCAAGUGGCCCCAUUUACCAGCAAUUACAUACCCUAAGGCAAGCGCUGUACGCACGGUACGUAGAAGAAGUGAACGCGUUAAAGAAGCAGCAUGAAGCUGAAGUGGACCGUCUGAAAGCGGAUCUGACGGAGAAACACUCUCUCGAGAACGCGGCUUUAAAACAGGAGAUCACGCAGCUGACGAAGGCCAAGCAAGAGAUUUUGUAUGAAAGCUUUGGGGAACUCUCCCUGUAUAAUCUCAGUGACAAGGAGGAACAUCUUUCAUCUCAUUUAAACCACUUGAUGGAGGAACGCUACCAAGAAAGGAUAGAGGAAGAAAUCGCAAGAGUUAUCGUUGAGAUGACCAUCGGAUUUGCUAAGCAAACGGAACUUGCAAGACUAGCAGCGUUGAGUAGCGAGAAGGCGAUCUCACGUGAGUGCCCGUCUCAAACGGAGAGUGAAGACGUUACGCAGAGCGAUGGCGUUUGCGUUGAGGAGAAACACUAUUUGCAAUCAUUAGAAGUAAAAGAUGCAGAAGAAAUGCAAAUAAUGGCAAUUGAGAAUGUUUCUGCCGUUGGUGGAAUGAAGUCGGAUGUGCUGUUGCCGUCAGAUCAGUGUUUAAGCGCAGGACCCGACGGUUCUUCAAGCCCAGAACACCAAGACGUGGCGGAACCCCUUUCCACAGAAAAGACUGUUGUUCUUAAAGAACAAGACUAUAACCAGAUGGUCGCAAUGGGUGCAGAAAGCGCUAAGCUAAGGCUUCUGUAUGAGGAGCGUGUUGAAGACAUGAGACAAGAAUUGGUGAAGCAGGAACAGGAACACCAGCAGGCAAUGGAGGCCCUGAGGCUUGGGCACAUGGCACAGCUGGAGAGGCAGGUGUAUGACCAGGAGCAGCUCCUCGGAGAAGUCCACGCGCUCAGAGCACAGCUUGCCGAGAAUGUGUCCCUGGCCGGUGAAAACCAGGCCACGGAGCGAGAGAAACUGCUGUUGGAGGAGCUGGAAGCGUUGAAGCAGACGUGCCUGAAUGUCAGCGAGAAGCGAGAGUUCGCUGUGCAGGAAAACGGCUCCCAGACUGAGGAUGAACACGUCAAAAGGACAGACGGCCCAGAGGAUACGUGGGAGGGUGGUCACGGAAAUCAGGAAGACCGCGAGGAGGGCAAGGACGCCCCGUCGGGUGACCCCACCUCUGAAAGGAACACUUUGAAAAGAACGAAUAACCGGCUGCUGAAUCUUCUUUCUGAGAUUGAAAAAACAACCUCCGCAGUAGAGGAAACCAUAGGGCGCCACGUUGUUGGGCUUCUGGAUAAGUCUGGCAGAGCUCUGGGUACUCCCAAGGUUCUUGUGUGGAGUUCGGAAUCAGAAGACCGCCGUGAAUACGGCACGGAUGACCCUGUUUCCUCCCCAGCAGGAUCUGGUGCUGCGGGCGACGAUGCCCGUAUCUGGUCGGGAGAAGACGAACUGAGCCUACCGCAGCCCCUCACGGAAUUCGCGGGGAUAGACAUAAAUCCUGAGGACGAGGCCAAUGUUCUUACUAUUGGCUCCCGUCUCCAGACAGCAGUGGAGAAACUUCUGGAAGCCAUCAACGAAACAACCAAUCAGCUGGAACAUGCCAAAGCUGCGCAGACAGAUCUGGUGCGAGAGUCCCUCAAACGGAGGCAGGAGACUACGGAGCUGCUCAGGUGCCAGGAGGAGCUUCAAGAAAGACUCAACGAGGAGGCCAAAGCCAGAGAGCACUUGGCUCUGGAACUCAGCAGAGCAGAAGGCCUCCUCGAUGGAUACACAGAUGAGAGAGUCUUUCUUGAAAAGCAAAUGCAGGAGAAAACAGAUCUCGUCCGGCAUCUUGAACAGGAGCUGCAAAGUACAGGUAACAGAUUGCAGGAGUUUGAGCUGGAGCGACAACAGAUCCUGGAGGAAAGGGAGCUGCUCUCCCGACAGAAGAACGCAUUGAAGGCCGACGCAGCACCUGCUGAGUUACAGCUCCUGGAAGAGACGGAGAAGCUGCUGCAGGAGAAGAUAGAGGUUCAGAGACAAGCGGAGAAGAACUCUGGAGACCUCCAGAAGCAGGUGAAGGUCCUGGAGAUCGAGCUGGAUGAGCAGAUGAAUCGCUACGUUGAAAUGGAACAGGAGAAGAAUGCAGAUCUGGAGGACCUCCGGCAGAAAAAUCUGGCUCUGGAAAAACAACUCGAGAAAACACGAAAAUUCUUAGACGAACAGGCAGUUGAUCGAGAACACGAAAGAGAUGUGUUUCAACAAGAAAUACAGAAGCUUGAGCAGCAGCUUAAAAUGCCCCAGAGGUGUCAGCCUCUUAGCGAUCAGCAACACAAUCAGGUUGAAACGCUGGAAAAUCAUCUUAAGGAGAAGUCUGAUAAAUGCAGUGAGCUUCUACUCUCCAAGGAGCAGCUUCAGCGGGAUGUCCAGGAAAGAAACGAAGAAAUUGAGAAGCUGGAAGGCAGGGUCCGAGAACUCGAGCAAGCCCUGCUUGUUAGCACCGACAGCCUCCAGAGGGUGCACGAUAGAAGAACAUCACUGGUAAUAGGAGUGAAAGGAGAAAUGCCCCUCGAAGCGCAGCUCCAAGUGGAACGAGAAGCAAUGGACAGAAAGGAGAAUGAGAUAACAAAUCUGGAAGAGCAGCUCGAACAAUUCAGAGAAGAACUGGAGAAUAAAAAUGAAGAGGUCCAGCAGCUCCACAUGCAACUGGAAAUCCAGAGGAAAGAAUCAGCCACGCGGCUGCAGGGACUGGAACACGAGAACACAAUGUUAAAGGAGGAAUGUGAAAACAUACAGCAAGCCGGUGGGUCUGAGGUUAAAGGACCGCAUUUAAAACCAAAAAACUUUCAAGAGGCGCUGCGGCUGAAAGAUCAGGAAAUAGAUCAACUCAAUGAACAGAUUGGAAGACUACAGACACAGCUCGAGGCUGCAACCGAUAACAAAGUGAUUGAAGAGAAAAACGAACAGAUUAAGGAGUAUAAAAGUCAUAUAAAAUGCCUAAAGAGUGACCAAGAGCGUUUGAAAAAGAACAGUGAAGAGGAGAUUGAAAAGCUAAACGAGGUCAUCGAGAAACUUCAAGACGAACUGUCAAGGAUAGGGCAGAAGGUAUCUUCAGAUUUUGCCAGCAUGACCGAGGAUGAAGAUAUGGGUAGACACCUGUACAUGACCGAAGACUUAACCGAGGAGACAUUUUUACGCAGGAACACCGAAUUGUGUGAAACUGAGUUGAAACUUGCAAAUGCUGCGUGUGAGGAACCCGCUGAAAAAGGCCUUACAAGCACCAAGGCUAUCGGUAAAAAAGAGACCAGUCCGGAAAACGAUUACGGUAUCAUGGAGUUGGAAGUAGAUGGACAAGAUCUGUCUCGUGACAAUCAGACUUUACCAACUUUACAGAACACGGAGUUCCAACUGCAAGAGUUACAGAGAAUUAUCCAAGAAAAGGACCGUCAACUGCUACAUUACUCCACUCAAGUUAGAGAGCUAGAAGAGCAAGCCCAGGUUAUAAAGCAUUUAAAUGAGGUGAUCCAGAAACUUCAAGUGGAAUUGAAACACAGAGAACCAGCAGUGUUUCUACCGCCCCCAAGAGGAACGCAAGAUGCCGAAAGUUCUAAACAUCACCUUGAAACAGUGAGGGGAGAGAAAACAAUGUUAUCUGCAAAAGUUGAGUUAAGUGAUGCCGAAGUUACUAAGACAGAACUCCUAAAACAGACUCACAAAGGGACUCAAGGAGAAGAUGUUUCUGCAAGUGAAGCUCAAGAGAAAGGGUCAGAAAGUAACCGAGCCUACAUUGAAAAUAUUGAGGAAGAGCUAAAACAAAGAACAGCCCAGUUCUUGGCAAGUGAAGCAUUGCUUGCAUCUGUUCAAGAGACCAUGCAAAGUUCAAUACAAAGCAUGGACUCCCAACUACAAGACCUUCAGAGGACACUUAAGGAAAAAGAGUCCCAAUUGGCACAACAUGCAGAUCAAGCAACCAUACUGGAAAAGCAGGUCCAGGAGAUUGAGAAGCUAAACAGGAUCAUACAGAAUCUACAAAGUGACCUGGCUGAUGUAAAACAAAAGGUAUCUAUGGAUUUUAUUGGGAGGAUAGAGUCCUUACAAUCAGAAAAUGAAAUAUUGAAAAAGAAGGUAGAGACAAUUGAAGAAGAAGCGACACAAGCAAAGACUGAACUGGAGAAAGCAAACGAGGAAAUUAAAACUCUUGUAGCAGCUCAAAGUAAUAUUAGAGUAGAAGUACAUGAGAGCAGAGACCAUGGAGAUCGGCCUGAAGACAUCCAAGCCAAGGUAGAAAAAAUGGAGGAAUCCCUAAAAGAUAAGACGGCUCAGCUUUUAGCUAGGCAAGCUCUUUACACGUCAAUGCAGGAGUCCAUGCAGAGUGUAAUAAACAACUUGGAAUCGCAGUUACAAGAACUUACAAAAGUUAUUCAGGUUAAGGACAAUGAAUUGAUACAGUAUGCGAGUCAAGCACAGCUCUUGACUGAACGCACAGAAGAGGUCAACCAUCUGAAUGGGGUAGUACAAGACCUUCUCAGGAAAUUGUCACACGGAGAAGAAAUGCCCAUAAAAAAGACAGAGUCUUUAGAGACCUUUGAAGGGAACUGUUAUAGCAAUUUAGCAUCCAGUUUAGGAAGCAGAGACGACGGCGGUCUUGUGCAGGAAACUUUAAUACAAGGGAGUACACUGGCAUUGACUGACCAGGCUUUGCAGAGUACUAUAAACCACAUGACGUCUCAGGUACAAGAACUUCAGAAAGUGAUCGCAGAAAAGGAUUUUGAAAUUCUGCAUUAUUCAAGUGAAUUGGAGAGGCUCAAAGAACAGGUGAAGUGUCAGAGUGACCAACAUGAUGGAAUGAUGAUAGCCAUGGAAGAUACGCUCAGGGAAAAGGUGGCUGCCGCUCUUGUGAGUGAAGCUCAGAUGAAGGCCAUUCAGCAGCAUACUAAACUGAUGCAGAGGGCCGAUCGUUCUUCAGAGGAAGAGUCUAUCGGCACUCAGACCUGCGCGUCUGCCCCCGCGGAAGGCGAGGAGACAGGGUCAAAGUUAUCGGUGCUGUCUCUGCGGUUGCUGCAGCUGGAGAAGCAGCUGGCGGACCUGCAUGAGCAGCUGGAGGUGGAAAGAGAGAAUGUCGUCGUUGCAAAUCAACAAGCUGCAGAAAAAGAACGUAGGCUACGCGAGUUGCAGAGUAUUACAGAGAAACGGACGAUCAGCGUAACGGAGCAGCCUGAAAAGGGAGAGCCUCUGCAAUCGCAGAGCCGCUUUGAGCAACCUCAGAGCAGAACUGUAGAUGAACUGGAAGACAAACUUCGAAGCGUGAAAGCAGAGGCAACGGUCACCAAAGAAGAGUUAUGUCACUACAGAGAGCUGGCGGAGAAGCUGAAAGAACAGCUGAUGGUUAAAGAGACAAGAGUAGCCCUCUUAGAAGAAGACCUGUGCACGGUGAAGAAGUGCCUCACCGAAGCCGAAGACCGGCUGGUGUUUUACAUGAAAAGAGACCAAGAAUGGGCAGAGGUGGAUAAACACGCGGCGGAUGUCCUGGAUAGUGCGGAAGCCCAAGGACAGACUGCCUCUGACAUGACGUCCUCCUCGUCACAGACAGACACAGCCUCGAGUGUUAACAGCAGUAAUCAAACAUCACGUGUCCACCUUCUAGAUAAAGGGAUCCAGAAUGAGCUGGAGGCCGACCAAAUGAGCAGCACCGCUGACCAAGUUACGGAAAUAGUAGAGCAGUACAAAGAAAAAAUUAACCAGAUGCUAGACCUUCACGCCGCCGAAAUCCUUGACAUGGAAGCUAGGCACAUUUCGGAAUCUGACUCUUUAAGACAAGAGCACUACGUGGCCAUCCAAGCUCUAACGGAGGAGUGUGAAGCCCUGAAAGCUGUGAUCAAAGAAAUGAAAUCAGGAAGACCUGUCCCAGAACCAACCUUCCCUGCUUCAUACCAGUUCAUCGAUGCAGCUUCCAGUGACAUAGAAUGCAGCCAAGGUACUGCAGCUUUGCGUUGCGUUGAGCCCGCUCCAGAAGGAAUAAGCACCGAUGAUGACGUUGCGACGGAUUUUCUUUCAUACGAGAUAAAGCAUUUGCUAAGAGCCGUUCAUCAAGAAGGAAUGCAGGUGCUGUCACUGACGGAAUCCGCGUUUGCCGAGCAGAAUAUCCAGUCGUAUCCUGCAGAUCCAGAAUCUUUGCUGAAAGAACGAAAAUCUUUUCUGGAAUCUAUUGCUCGUCUGAAAGACGUGAUUGAGAAGAUGGAGAUUGAAAAUAAAUGUGAGCAUGGUGAAAACACAGACUUUCCUGAUCGCGCACCGGACUGGCGAGGGGAGCUUCUCUGCGCCGUCCAGGACGCGUUCUGCCGGGAGCAGGAGGCUUUCAUGGCGGCUUUCCGCACGCAGCUGGAUACGUUGGGCACUUGUGAUGCAGCAAUGCUGGUGAAACAGAUGCAGCACCAGCUUCAGGAACUGGGCGUGGAGCAGAUAAAUGCAAUGGACUGCAUACAGAAUGCAGAUAGAAGAAGCUUAUUACUCGAAAUUCAGGAUCUCCGAUCGCAGCUAAUCAGUUUCCGGAGUAAUGCAGCUACUGACCUACCAUGUCGCUCAAAAAGCAAAGAUGAUACAAAUAAGCAAGACCAGCAUUUGCAGAAUCAGGAGUGUCAUUUGCAGCUCAACAGUGUAAAAGCAAAAGCCAGCGAGCUACAAGAACAACUGAAUUCAGAAAGGCUCUUGGUGGCGGAUCUGAGCAAGAAACUUGAACUAACAAAGAUAGAGCUGGAAACUUCACUAAAUAAGCAGAACAAGCACUUUAAAGAACUGGAGUCUCUCAGGGCGAGCCUCAAGCAGCGUACAAAUGAACUGGAUGCAUUAAACGACACACUGGCAACUGAGCAGAAGAGAGUCAGGGAGCUACAGUGGGCUUUGGAGAAAGAGAAAAACAAAAGAGAUCGUAGCCAGGAGCGGGCAAAAGAGGAGCUGGAGGACCUGAAAAUCUUGCUUAAAAACCAAAAGCUGAAGAGUGUGGAGAUUAGCAAACGUCUGGAAGCAGAAGAGCUGGCGGCAAAAGACCUUCGAGAGAAAAUCGCGUCCAUGGAAAUUGCUCAUGAUACGGAACUUUCCCAAGAGAGGAGCAAAGCGUCAGAGCUCCAAGUGUCUCUUGAACUGGAAAAAGCGCGAUCAGCUGAACUGGCAAAUGCUUUAGAAUACACAAGAGGAAUAAAGGAGCAGAUGCAAAACCAUGAGAACAACUCACAAACCGCUGGACACAGCCCACCGGAGAACUUGCUGAAAGAGCUCCAUAGUCAACUGGAUACCAAGCAUAAUCAUAUUGUAGAGUUAACAAAUGAGAUGGAAAGCUCUAAAAUGGAGUGUUUACAACUGAAGCAUGAUAUUGAGCUGGAAAGAAAGAAUCACGCUAGCAAAUGUUUAGCAGAACAAGAGGCUGCAAAGGAGGCACGCAAACAGAUAAAGGAACUGGAGUCCAGGGUGGAAGAUCUUCAGCAAAAAUUAAAUCGAGCCGCGUUGGUCCAGAAACUUCAACCAGAUGAAACAUGUUUGAAGGAAACAACUCUGGAGCUUAAAACAAAUGGUCGUCGAGAGGCUGAUGGAAGUUUGGCUGAAAGAAAAGAGUUGGUUGGAAAUGACGCUGGAUGGAAGACCAUCACUGCUCCAACACAAAGUUGUGCCCAGUCUCAGACAGCAGAAGAAGGAGCACAUAAGCUUCGUCUGAGUGCAUUCAGCGAUGGCCAAGUUCUAGGAGAAUCGUCUUUCACCAUCGAAAGCAUUAAACAGAGGCUGAUCCAGGUGUCCACAAAACUCAAACAGCUGGCAACCAAAGCAAGGCAAAGGAUAUUAUUUGAUGGAGCGGAUGAUGAGGACUUUGCUUGGUCAGAAAACUCCUUACAAGACGUUAUAUCCCAUCUUGAACAAGUAGCCGCUUUGUCUCUUCAAGGACAGAGUCCGGCAUUUUAUUCUGGGAACGCUACAAACUCUCUUACGGAGAAACUUCUGACGCAGAAUGCUGAGCUUACAGGGUAUGUGAGCAGGUUAACGGAGGAAAAAAACGAUCUCCGCAAUGCCCUCCUAAGGAUGGAAGAUGAGGCCAGUCGCCACCGCUUAUGGGGAACAUCGGGUGAUCCUUCUUCUAGAUCAUCCCUGGACAAUGCACCUAACAUUGAUGCGCUCGUUGUGUCGGAAAGAGAGAUGUGGAACAAAGAGAAGCUUCAGCUCCAGAAAUCAUUGAAACAAACAGAAGCUGAACUUCUCAAAGUGAAAGCUGAGCUGAAGAACGAAACUUCCCAACGGGAGCUGGGACGGGAGUCUGAAAAUAUUGCACUAAAAAGAAUCUAUGGAAAGUACCUCCGCUCGGAGAGCUUUAGGAAAGCCUUGGUGUAUCAGAAGAAGUACUUGCUGCUGUUGCUUGGCGGCUUCCAGGAAUGUGAGGAGGCCACGCUGGCCCUCAUAGCUAGAAUGGGUGGCCAGCCCCGUUACACGGAUCUAGAGCGCAUUACUAAUCAUACGAGAGCCUUCACACGCUUUCGUUCUGCUGUCAGGGUUUCAAUAGCCAUUUCAAGGAUGAAGUUCCUAGUCCAUCGGUGGCAGAAAGCAGCUGUAUCAAGCUGUGUUAUAGUGAAUAGGAAUGGGUUUGGGCUAACCACAGGAUCUGAUCCAAGGACAGACUCCCCGUACUUCCCAGCCGGUAGUGUGCAUCCGUACGGGGACCCGAGACAUUCAUCAUGUCGCUCUCGGUCAGACUUUGACUCUCCGCAGUCCACUGUGAACUCUCAGCAUAGGUAUCACGUUGGUUCAUCGGAUCUGAGUCCGUGCUCCCACCUUCAGCAUUAUGACCCCGACAGAGCAUUAACAGAUUACAUUACCCGGCUGGAAGCCCUGCAAAAGCGGCUAGGAAGUGUGCAGUCAGGAUCUGUUGUAAAUAACAGCACACACCAUGGUAUAAGAAGAUAAUAUCCAUGCAAUACUUGAAGCCUUCUGUAAGUCUGUGCUGCUUCUGUAAUUCUGCAUUGUAUUUAUUUGCGGCAACAUCA